GUUGUAAACUCUGGUCACUCUUUUGAUUUCUAACGAGUUGAUGGCUCGUGCACCGCAUCGUAGUGGGCCUCUGAAACAGCAGAAUAAAAAGCAUAAAGGAGCUAGGAAAUCUUCAGAUAAAAACCCAAAGCCACAUCGCGUAACAAAAAACAAGAUACUGAAUAAGGACCAACGGCGCUUACUCUCCAAGCAACUCCGCAUACAAAAGAAAUUAGAGGUAAAAAAUCUUGAAGCAUCUCGUGGGACUAAGGGAAAUCCUAUAGCUUGUGUUUUGAUUCCUUUAUCGUCCUCAGUACCUACACACUUAGCCCAACUUUUAUUUCAAACAUGUGAACCAAAUACUGAGGUUAUAAAAAAGCCGGAUUGUUUGCAAAAUGUAGUGACUAUUCGCUCUCAAAUCCUCAAUAAAUACUUUAAUCUCAUUUGUGCUUACAGUGAUGAUCUUUUUGGUUGUCUCGACCUCGCAAAUUUCGCAGACUGGCUUGUUCUUUUAGUUCCAAGUAAUCCCUCAGAGAUUCCUGAUUCUGUUCAUGAGUUACUCACUGCCAUAUAUGCUCAAGGUUUUACAAAUGCUUCCUAUGCGGUUCUUUCUUCCAAUUCAAAUCUUAAAGAGUUAAAACAGAUUCUAGAGUAUAGGUUUCCAGUCCCCGAAUCGACGAUUCACCAACUAAAUUCAAGCGCCAAUGCUCUAAACCUCCUACGGCAUAUUGCCUCAACCAAUCCGUCAAGUUUCCAUGUUAAGGGAAAGAAUGCAAAAGUGGCUGGACAGUCUACAGUGGCGCAUACUGGAGCACGCUACCGAACGCGCUUACUUGUUGACUCUAUUGAACUAAUUUCUGAAAAUAAUGCUCAUGACGAUAUCACAAAAUCCGAGGUAUCAGUAUGUCUUCGUGGCCACCUACAUGGAGCACCAUUGAUUUUGUUCGAGGAGUUAGAGCAAAAUGGUUCUGUACUUGUUGGCCCUCAUGUGCAUUUGACUGGUUGGGGUGAUUUUCCUUUGAUAGAGGCUAAAUGGAUUGAUAACUAUCACUUACAACAGACGUGGCAAAUCUCAGAUCUUAACACCGUUGAAAAUAUAUCAACAAAAUACAUACCUCCAUCUACGUCAGUCAAUCUCACAAACGAGAAUGAAGAUUGUGAGGAGGACUCUCUGCCAGAUGAAAUGUCUGUUGAUGAUUCACAUGAGUCAACAAGUGAAAACCGAUGGAAUGCAACGGAAGCGAUAUCUGAUCAUUUAGAAUCUGAGUUAUCUGGAAAUUCUGAUAUAGAAUGUGCUUCGAUAGCAAGUCAUACCGCUCAUACAAUGGCAGCCAGCGCUACCUCUACGUUCUCAUCUGCUCAGUUAGCAAAAUUCCGGGCUGCCAGAAUGGAAGAAAUGUUUCCGGAUGAGGUUGAAACCCCUUCAAACAUACCUGCUAGUGAACGGUUUGUAAAGUACUGUGGUCUUCCUCGUUUCCAAGGUAGCGUGUGGCCAGCAGAAAAGAAUUGGUUACCCAAACAUUAUCAAAAUAUCGCCUGCUUCAGAAACUAUCACCGUAAUAGGCGUACUAUGAUUCGUUAUAUUGAAGAAAAAUUAGCAGACUUCCAAUCAGCAUAUAAAUCAACAGGGAACGUCUUCAAGUACAUUCCGUCUGGUGUAGAUGUCGAGCUUCUGCUACAGCCUGUUUCACGGGAUCUUGGUGAAUCGAUAUUGUCUCACCACACGUUCCCUCAACCUAACGAAGCCAGAAAACCUUCUGAUCCGAGACCUCAUCCACUUAUAGUUUGGUCACUCUUACCUCAUGAAACUCAAAUGUCAGUCUGCCAUUUUACAAUGUUUCGGCGUGCUUCCGCUAUCCACGCUGUUUCAGAUUUGGUGGUUAUUGCAAACGCUGCAAAUAAAAUUACCGAGUCAUCAUCAAAAGAUAAUGGGAUUUGUGCGCUAGAGUUUGGUGAGGAGGCUUCAACACAGGUAGAACGAGAAGAUAAGUCAAUACAUGAUGCCCUCAUUAGUCACCGUUACAAAAUCGACGGAAAAAAAAGUGGAAAAGCGCUAUACGAUCCAAAGAUGCCUAUACCUCUUGAAGCGGAACCAAUUAAAUCGAAAGAUCUGAUGCUUAUUCAGGCUGGGAUUCGGCGUUUUGUGGCAGCUCCGAUUUAUUCUACACCAAGUAAUCCUCGUGAAAAAGCUAAAUUUGAGUCGUUUUUUCCUGCUUCAGAAAGUUCCACUGUAGCGACUGUUUAUGCACCAGUGAUGUAUUCUCCUGUGAAUGUUUUACAGUUUAGGAUCAGAGUAACAGAGGUAUUUUAUUGAUAUAUUUUUGUUUAAUAUCAGAAGGGGUUUUGUGUAUAUUAUAGUAAUUUUAAUAGUUAAAAUCCUGAGUCAAUGAGGAGUCCCAUAAUAGAACGAAACGGCCAUCCAGUGCUUCCAGCUUUUCCAAUAUGCUAGAACUAAAACAUGCUGAAUCUAUAUUUAUUUAUAUUUAAGGCCCUUAUUAUGAGUCAAUAAGUAUAUGUGAUUCCAGUUAAUAAUAUAGCUAAGUGACCCAUAGUCGUAUAUCGCACAGUUAAUAAUAGAUAAUAAGGUUGUAUCUAAUUUGGAGUCUACGUCACACCAACUGCUAAGUUCAUUUAAAUGACAGCGACUUCUUAAAAUAAUCAGGAUUCUUUGUGUAUACUGCAGAAGCGUUGCGGUGUACACGCUUGAGUUGCGCUUAGCGAUGAAACAGUUGAUAAUUUCUCCGUUAUGUUGAUAUAUGGGGACUUCCUCUCAGGCUCUACAUUGUGCUUGACUGAAUACAAACCGUGAAAAGUCCCAACUACUAUAUUAAAUAUAUUGUAAAAACAUCUCUGUUCACAACUAAUCAGUAACAUACAUUAUCUAUAAAACGGAACCAGUUGGACUAAAUCGAAGUUAACUGAAACCUCCCAUAGCAAAACUGGGAAUAAACUGAAUGGCAGUCUCCUAAUUAAAUUAUACGAUGCGUGACAUUUGGUCAUUUCCUAGCUGUUGGCAUCAAACUUUAGAAGAUUAUUAUUUGACUCAAUUAAAAUGUCAAUAUUCAUCAGCGUUUUCUGCAUACACUAGUGUUUUUGUUGUUGACACAGUUGAACUGAGUACUGACGCAUUUACUUAUUUUGUAGGAUGAAGAUGGGGAACUAUCUUCACCAUACGUCGGUGAAUUGGUGGCAACAGGGUCUCUGAGAUCAGUCGACCCCAGUCAUUUAAUUAUCAAGAGGAUUUUUUUGUCAGGUCAUCCAUACAAGAUUAACCAGCGUCAUGUAGUUGUCCGAUAUAUGUUCCAUAAUCCAGCGGACGUGCUUCAUUUUCAGGUAAUCCUAUUUUAUCCUAUACAGUUAUCCCCUAACUCUGUUGAGGGAACUGGAAAACCCUUUCCUACUUAGCGCCUCGAUUUAGAGGAUUUAUCAUUCAGCUCAACAGCUGGUAAAUAGUUUUAAUUUCUCUAGUAUCCAACAUGCUAGUCACCUUUUUAAAAUGAUUUUCUGAUUGGUAUUAAAUUUGUGUCUGACUUUCCAUUUCAGCCUAUACAGUUGCAAACAAAGAGCGGAGCUGUUGGGCAUAUAAAGGAACCUGUUGGAACUCAUGGUCAUAUGAAAUGCGUUUUCGACCGACCUAUUCUGGCAAACGAUGUAGCUUUAAUGCCUUUGUACAAGCGAGUGUUUCCAAAAUAUGUUUACGAACCAGUAGUUUCUAAAUACCUCGACAAUAACGAUAGAAGCAAUGAUUAUGUUGUCGCUGACAGCGGUCACUCCAGAUAUGUAAGCUCAGAUGUACUUCAACUAAGAAAAAAAAGUAUUUCCAGUGCUUCACAGGAGAAAAUGGACCAAGACGAAUCAGCCUUAUUUGCUUAAUAUAAUUUGUAAAUACUAUCCACCUUUUUGCCGGAUAUUGUAAAACCGCUUAGUAAAUUUAACAGCCGUUUUGGACGUAC